AUGCUUGUCCGACGUCUUGUGCCUACAAGCUCGGUCUCGUCUUCCUCCCUCCUACUUCGCUCCUUCACUUCGUCCUCCACUGUUCGAGAGCCACCUCGAUCUCCCAGUCUUGGUGAUGUUACGCCAGAUGGCGCAGAUACGUUCAAUGCCAGGCAGAAGGAGUUCCGUGAGAACUUACAAGCUGCCAAGAAGGCAAAAGAACAGGCUGACAGUCAGUCACUUGCUACACCUGAAUUUCCUUCUACUGCCCACAAAACUGCUCCCACUGCCAACCCUGGCGGCAAUGCGAGCUCCACUUCUGUACUUGACGCUGCAGCGCAAUUGGACCCGGCAGCAUUAGGCUCACUAUCUACCCAUCGGAUUUUAGGAGAAGCACGAAAAGCCGAACAAGACGCCGCAUCUUCCAAGAAAAAAGGCGGCGCUUUUUCGAACCUUAUCUAUGGCACGGUCGAGGGACAGCAAAUGGAUAAAGAGAUGGAGAGAUCCUUCUCACAGGUCCUUGCUCGAGGCAAAUACGUUCAUUCGAUAGUCUUUCACGAAGUCAAGCCAGAUAAGGUCGAUGAGUACGUCGAAUUGGUUGGUGGCUGGUAUCCUCGAAUGGCUUCCAUGCCCGAGAACAAAGUCAAUCUUGUAGGAAGUUGGAGGUCGGAGGUGGGAGAUUGCGACACUUUUGUACACAUUUGGGAAUAUCAGAGAUACACCGGCUAUCAUGAAUCUUUGCACAACAUUUCGCGUCAUCCAGAAUUUCCUGCUUUUGACAAGCGUCUGAAAACAUUGAUUACCGCUAAGAAAGUCUCCCUCAUGCAAGAAUUUUCCUUCUGGCCAACCACACCACCGCGAAGACUGGGCGGGCUCUUUGAGCUCCGAUCUUAUACUCUCCAUCCUGGAAAUCUACUUGAAUGGGAGACCCAUUGGCGACGAGGACUGAAAGCACGACGGGAAGUUAUGGAAGGUGUGGGAGCAUGGUUCUGUCAGAUCGGAGACCUCAAUACCGUACAUCACCUAUGGCAAUUUGCCGACCUGGAGGAACGGAAGAUCAGACGGGAACAGUCAUGGGGGAUCGAAGGUUGGGGUGAUACGGUCCAUAAGACUGUGCCGCUGAUUCAGACCAUGAAGAGCAAGAUUUUAAUUCCAAUGGAAUGGAGUCCUGUUGGGUAG